UCGAAUCGGCUUCGAAUCGAAUCACAGACUGCGGGCAUGUGACCAAAUCCACGUCGACAUUUCUUUCAGCAGUCCACGAGCACACGCGCACGGAAAAAAAUCGGCACAGUCAACGCACGCAGUCAACGACACUGGCGCGAUUACGCGGUUGGGUUGCCCCUGUUUUUAGCGAUAUUCGCUUUUAGUUUUGCGUCCUUUUCGCCGUUGCGCGCAACUGCCGCUCAAGUUUGGUGGGCGCUCGUGUCGCAACUUGGCUAAACCAUUGGCUAAACUUGGCACCUGGCUAGAACACCCGCACAGAAAAAACCGGAAGUGGCAUUUUGUGGAUCUUUAGAGCAGCUUCCGGCAAACCGCGCAACGCUCGCCGUACGACAGACCGAUGGCUGACGACGCUGAACAGACUCCCGCAACUGCGGUGGAGGAGCCGCUCGACCUGAUCCGGCUGAGCUUGGAUGAGAAAAUCUAUGUGAAGAUGAGGAACGAGCGGGAAUUGCGCGGUAGAUUGCACGCGUACGAUCAGCAUCUGAACAUGAUCCUGGGCGAUGUAGAGGAGACUGUGACCAGCGUGGAAAUUGACGAAGAAACCUACGAGGAAGUGUACAAGAGUACCAGGAGGUCCAUUCCUAUGCUGUUUGUACGUGGAGAUGGCGUCAUAUUGGUGUCUCCUCCAGUCCGAACAACAACCUGAAUGCACAUUGUGUGUUCUGAAGUCAGCUUGAACCAUGGUCAUGAUCACUCAAUAAAUGUAAGCGUUCACAAAAGAA